AUGGCCGAUGCUUUGAAGGUACUCAGUGAUUAUUCCACAGUGGUCAGUCUCGGUGUUGUAGCGGGUACUACAGCAUACUGGCUAUUAACAAGACCUAGUCCUAUUAAACCAAAGAUUGACAUUAAUAAGCAAUCUAUAGAACUGCCGGGUAAUGAACGAAUUCAUGUCUUUCCAACUGUUAAGAACGGCAAAUUAACCGAAUAUUUGUACGAAGAUGUUAAGACCGUACAUGAAGGGUUUCUUAGAGGGCGAAGACUAUCAGGUUCGGCACUUCAGCAGUCUAAUUCUGUCCUCCAUACAGAUUUUAAGAAAGCUGAGGACAAUCUACGACAAUCUGCUAUUUUUUAUAACAAAGUCAAUUUACUUUUUAACAGGACUAAUUUUGUAGAGAUCUUGAGUCAAAAUAGAAUGGUAAAAAUCAAGUUGGGUUAUCUUGGUGAAUGCGAAAGAGAGAGAUAUCCAAGAAAAAAAGAUAUUGUUUUUGAUAUAGCUAAGGAUUUUGGUGCUGGAUUGAUACAUAUAGGUUGUAAACCACAACCAGACACAUUUAUUGGAAUAUAUUCAGUUAAUAGAUUGGAAUGGGGUAUCACAGAGCAGGCCUGUAUGAUGUAUUCACAUGUACUUGUACCACUGUAUGACACGCUAGGACCCGAUGCGUGUUCAUUCAUCAUAAACCAAGCGGAAAUUUCCACCAUUGUAUGUGACACAUCGGCUAAAGUUAAACUACUGCUAAAUAAUGCAACUAAAAUUCCUGCUAUGAAAACAAUUAUUAUGUUUGAUACGCCAACGGAUGAGGUGAAAGAAGAUGCACUUAAACAUGGAGUUGAAAUUAGACAUUAUAACGAAGUGAAGGAGCUUGGUAGAGAGAAUCCGCAUGAAUUAGUGCCGCCGAAACCUCAGGAUCUUUUCACGAUUUGUUACACGAGUGGAACUACAGGUAAUCCUAAAGGAGCAAUUUUGACGCAUGGCAAUAUGGUUGCCACGGUUGCAGCAUUCAUAGAAAUGAUGACGCCAGAAAUUGAGUUUAGUGAAGAUGCCACACAUCUGUCAUAUUUACCAUUAGCACAUGGAUAUGAGCGACUGUGCCAUGCUAUUGCUAUGUCACAUGGUGCUAAGAUUGGAUUUUAUCAAGGGGAUAUUCGAAAACUAAUGGAUGACAGCAAAUCAGUGCAGCCGUUGGCAUUUCCAUCGGUUCCACGACUUUUUAACAGAAUUCAUGAUAAGGUUGUUGCAGGUGUAAAUAGUAGUUUUAUUAAAAAAACUUUGUAUAACAUGGCAUUUAAAAGUAAAGAAUCUGAAGUUAAAAGGGGAAUAAUACGACAAGAUAGCAUGUGGGAUAAAUUGGUAUUCGGUAAAAUUCAGUCGCUACUUGGUAACAAAGUCAAGGUUAUGUUUAAUGGUGCUGCUCCAUUGUCAAGUGAAACUAUGAUGUUCUUACGAGUGGUAUUUGGUUGUCACGUCAUCAAUGGAUAUGGUCAAACAGAAAGUGGAAUUGCAGCGACGCUUACAAUGCCUGGAGACCACAACACAGAUCAUGUUGGUUCACCAAUGCCUUGUAAUAUGAUUAAACUUGUGGAUGUACCAGAAAUGGAAUAUUAUGCUGAAAAUAACCAAGGAGAGAUUUGUUUUAAAGGGUAUAAUGUAUUCCAAGGUUAUUAUAACGAUCCGGAUAAAACCAAAGAAGCUUUAGAUGAAGAUGGAUGGUUACAUUCCGGUGAUAUAGGAGAAUGGUUACCAAAUGGUGCUCUUCGACUUGUUGAUAGAAAGAAACAUAUCUUCAAACUUGCUCAGGGCGAAUACUUGGCACCAGAGAAAAUUGAGUCUAUCUACAUAAGGAGUCCAUUUGUACUUCAAGUAUUUGUACAUGGUGACAGUUUUAAAAAUUAUGCUGUUGCUGUCAUUGUACCUGAUCCAGAUGAACUUUCAAAAUGGGCAAAAAGUAAUGAAAUAUCAGGAACGCUACAGGAACUCUGUAAAAAUAAGGAUGUCAAGAAAGCUAUUUUAGAAGAUAUACAAUCUAGAGGCAAAGAAUAUGGGUUAAAAUCAUUUGAGCAGGCCAAAGAUAUACAUGUGGUACCUGACCAAUUUACAGUAGAAAAUGGUUUGUUGACACCAACCUCUAAAUCAAAACGACCAGCAUUGAAGAAAUAUUUUAUGACUGAAUUGGAAGCACUGUAUAAGGAAUAA